AGACAAUUAGCGUUGGAACAACUAAGGGAUUGGAAAGUCGUCCAAAAUAAGAUGGCCGAAGAGUCGCAAAUUUGGAAGCAUGGCGUCGAUGGCUACCUAGAGGACACUUGGCGUGAUUCGAAGCGCUGGGAUUUUAAAAUGGAGGAUAUUGACUUGGAGACGGGAAAGAAGGUCUUUUUCCACGUUGGAACAGCAGACGUAAACACACCGGGUUGGACAAAUAGGGGUAUGCACGAAAGGGUCAAAGGCUCUCGCAUCUUCAUGUAUGGGGGGAAGACCCACUAUGACACUACAGCCAGUUACCCUAUCGAAUGGCAGUUCUUGAAAGAGAGAUGGAAGGACCAAAAGUGGCUAGAGGAACAGCGAGAGAGAGGUUUUCUGGGCUAGAAGUUGACGUUGGGGCUCAUUUGCCUAAUUCUGAAGAAUUUCGAUUCACCAUUAAAGCUAAAUCGGAGUCUAUGUGGAAUUCAGCUGGUUCUCUUGUUAUUUCUUUUUUUUUUUUAUAGCCGUCUGGUCCACGCUAAUUUACGACGAGGAGG